AUGGGGUUGCCAUUAUAUAGGAUUGCCAUUAAAUGGAUUUGCUAUUACCUAUGUGCUUUUUUGCUAAUUUUGCAUUUUUGCCCUUUUUGCCAUUUUGUGAGUUUUUGCCCUUUUGCCAUUUUAUGCGGGCACGAUGCUGUCCACAUUGUUUAAUCGAUAGAACCAUUAUUAUGCAUUAAAAAUCCAAAUGGAUAACACAGAUAAAGGGCAUUUAAGAGAAUGUCUAAACAGUGAUGUUUUAAUUGAUAUUUUCUCUUUUCUGGAACGUUCAGUUUUGGUUAAAAAUUUUGAACCCGUCAACAGUUAUUUUUUGAAUAUUUCAAAACAAGUUAAAAAUGUUCAUAUAAUAAAAAAAGUUAACGAAUUCAUUUAUGAAUUGGUAAAUAGAGAUGAAGAAACAAAAAAAACGCCAUU